AUGGACAAGAAGAGGAAAGAUUGGUACUGGCACUGUCAGAUUGUCUAUGCAGAGAGGCCUCUAACUGACAACCACAGAUCAUUGGCCUCAUAUGGCUUGAAAGAUGGGGAUGUGGUGAUUUUACGGCAAAAGGAGAAUGCAGAGCCACGGCCUCCAGUCCAGUUUCCAGGUCUGCCCAGGAUAGACUUCAGCAGCAUUACGGUGCCUGGGACGUCCGCUCAGCUGCAGCAGCAGCAACCAGCGCAGCAUCCUCGCCCAUCGCCUCCGGAGACACCUUCAUCCCCUCAGGGCUUGGACAAUCCAGCACUGUUACGGGACAUGUUGCUUGCCAAUCCCCACGAGCUGUCCCUGCUGAAAGAACGCAAUCCACCCCUGGCCGAGGCGCUGCUCAGUGGAGACCUUGAGAAAUUUACCAGGGUGCUGGUGGAGCAGCAACAGGACCGAGCCCGCCGGGAGCAGGAGAGAAUCCGUCUGUUUUCAGCUGACCCUUUUGAUCUUGAGGCUCAGGCAAAGAUAGAAGAGGACAUAAGGUACUGUCAGACUCAGGUUCAGAUUGAAGGGGAUUUUCUGCCGUGUUCUUUCUCUAUCCUCGAAGAACAGCCCAUGGAUAUGCUUCUAGGACUGGAUAUGCUUAAGAGACAUCAGUGUUCCAUUGAUCUCAAAAAGAACGUACUAGUGAUUGGUACCACGGGAUCUCAGACAACUUUCCUUCCAGAAGGGGAGCUCCCAGAGUGUGCAAGACUGGCAUAUGGGCCAGGGCGGGAGGACAUGCGGCCGGAGGAGAUUGCAGACCAAGAACUGGCAGAAGCUCUACAGAAAUCUGUAGAGGAAGCAGAGAAUAGUGAUAAAGAAACUACCUCACUGGAAAUGCCAUCUUUACCAUCUUCUGAUGGAUUUAAGAGUCCAGUCCAUUCUUCAGGACUAAGUUCCAAGGUCUGUAAUCCCACAAAUCAAUUACUUGAUCACUCCGUCUCCGCCCCUGCUUCAAUUUGCUCACACAAAUCUAGUCUAGCAGAGAGAGAUCCUACAGCUGUGAAGUCUUUGGAGUCACCAGCUGAAUGUCAGCUAGCUCCAGACCCUCUUCUGUUACAAAAUCUUUCUGAUCAUGCUGCUCGUUCAGCACAGAAUGACCAUGCUAUCCAGACUGGAGCAGUAGCCUGUCAUAGUCCAACUAUACCUUCACAGAACACACUUGAAAAAACAGUCGCCGCUGACCAUCCAAUGAAAUAUAAUAUUAAAGAACAAGCCCAUGGUCUGGAAUCUCCUAUGGAAGUGACAAGAGAAGGCAGUUUGGCUGACACCACCAGCAAGCAUGGGCAGCAAGCAGUUCUAGAUGUACCAUUGCCUUCAGAACAGCUGGAACUGAACCAAAUGAAUGAGUUUCCUUUGGAUCUUCAGACACACAAAGAACCAGUGAGUGAACAAUGUCUGGAUAAACAGAAUGAACCAACUGAGCCAGAACAUCCUUGUAAUGUCAGUGCCCUUGAGUUACCUGCUGUGGGGGAGCAAGGCCUUACGAACAUCCAGCCAGACUCACCCAUUGACUCUCUUACUGAGAGAAGAAAAAGUGGGCUGAAGAAUAUAGAGCUUUCGUGUGGGAAAGAAAAUAUCCCAGUGUCAGCAUCCUGUGGCUGUACAUGUACCGAAAUCUUCAUGGAAACAGAUGUAGCUGAGCAGUCUGUCAUCACAGUGCAUAGCUUGCCAAGCAAACAGAACGCUCAAGCGAAGAAUAUUGGUGGAUCUGUUCUGAACUUAGAUUGUUCUUUGAUGCAGGUGGAGUCAUCAAAGCAUGACCCCUCUGUGUCUGUAUUUUCGAGUAACCCGGUUUCCACUAGUGAUUUACUGCAGCCUGAAACCAACGUUGAAAUGACUGCAGUAUGUACUGAGUUACCUAAUUUAUCAGCUGAAAAUAGCUCUUCCUCCUCUGACAUUCGUCAGCUGAACGGUGAUACAGCAGCAUCCACUGAAGAGCCAAGUUUAUCUUUAACAGCAGCGUUGAAGGAGCUUCAUGAACUUUUGGUUAUAAAUAGUAAAGGAGAUUCUGUCAUUUUUAUGUCUGAAGAAGACACAGGUCAGCCAGAAACUGUUCUUGAAGAGCAAAUGGAAUGCAAGGAGCUUUCUGAUGAUGAACAUGAAAGUGUGGGUCCAGAGAGUGGGGAUCUAAAUAGUUCUUUUCAUAUGGUGAUGCCUGAACAUGUGAACCCUGAGGGGCUAGCAGGGGCACCAUCUUAUGCUAUGGGAAUAGAAAAUGCUAGCAUCAAGGUUUUAACUAGCAGCCAGUCAACUGUUGAAAAAGAUGCUCUAGAGAUACAGAAGUCAUCAAGUAAGAGUGAUUCUGUCAUUCUGAGCUCAGUUGCAACAUUUGAUCAACUACAGAGUACUGAGCAGGCAGAAAUUUUACCUGAAUGUUUAGUAAAUGACCGAGUUCCAGCCAGUCAGACUUUAGAGCUGAAUAGAUCACGUUCACCUGAGCUCACGGUGGAGGAUGAUGUUCCUCGGGAUGCUCAGAGCCUGUUAACAGAAGUGUCUGAAAUAAGUGACAGUUCCUCGAAUCCUGAAGAUCCAAGGCCACCAUAUGGACUUGUUGAGCCAUUGCUCUGCCCACCAAUCAGCAAUCUGGAACUGCGCUCCAGAGCUGCUCCGCUGCCUGUUUUCCCUGCAGCAGACAUUAAUCAGAUUCUGCGCGCUGGCUUUACCAUGCGGGAAGCUCUUGAAGCUUUGGAGCAAGCUGGUGGAAAUGCAAACCUUGCUCUUCUCUUUUUAUUAGCCAAGAAUAUUGUAGUUCCUACGUGACCAUGGAAAAGAUGGCCUGGCUGCUCCAUCCUCCUUUUAAAGAACGUAUCUAAAUUAUAUAGAAUAACCUGCAAGCUGAAUGUUGUCAGAUUUUAAAAAAAAAAUUAUUUUCAGCCAAAGUAAUUUAUGAUCUCUUCUGUGUGUUUCGCGCGUUAAAAUUGGGCCUUUUAAAAGAAAAGUCUUGGCAUUGUGUAAACACAUUAGCUUUGAAUUUUCCUUGAGAUGGUGCAUACUGGAAUAAAAUUGUUUUUAUUUAAUAGUAUGGUUUUAGAAUGAGCUCCGAUAUUAUGAAUUAAAAAGCAGAAGCCAUUGAGAAAACCACCACCCUGUUCAGCAAAAAGCAGAUUGUGAAAUGAACUGAAUGUGCAUGUACGUGCAUCCCCAAGGCAGUGCAGAGCAUGUGCUGUUAUAGGAGACGCGCACACAAGCUAGGAAUUCAGUAUGGUACAAACUGAAACAAAGUUUGUUAAAUUAAGCUGUUUGGAAUUGUACCAGUCAUCACUCUACUGUGCUUUAUAAUCUGAUGCUGAUGAAGAAUUGUAGCGGCUACUAGAGGUAUGUCAGUGCCCACAGGGCUCCAGAUCCAAAAAAGUUUUGCAGGGAUGUUCAAAGCUCGCACCUUUUUGUGCGUUGAAAGCUGAUGCCUAGGUUGCCAAAAUGUAGUAUGCUAUUGGGCCAGCGUGUUAAAGUUUACAUAGUGGGGCAGGGGGAGGAGGGAGAUAAAAUUUGGUGCUACCAAAAAUAAGAGACAAGGCAAAUGAUCUGAAGAUAUCCUGGUGUUAAUCUUUUAUUUCAUUUCCCCAGUGAAGGGUAUUUUACCCCUUUAUAGAUUUGCCCAUAUCUUCCUCCACAGAGAAGGGAGGGGUGGGGGGGAAGCCUUCUUAAGCAGAUACCUUUUAAUUUGUUUUGUUAAACAAUUUCAUUAAUUGCAUCUGUUGCUAUGGCUCUUUUCUCCUUUUGCCCCAGUCCCCUACAAAGGCCUAUCCUGUAACUGUUCAGAGAACGAAUUCUCUACGCGCUGAGUAGGGACAUAGAAUUAAAGGGCUGAAGACAUUUGCUUUGCACUCGUUUAUCUCAAUGCUUGGGGGUGAUCAACCUCUCAGCCCUUUUUAAAAUGAACACUCCAAGGCUAUGAUCUUCACUGUAGAAAUCUUCACUGCAAAAACUCUCCGUGGAUCGCAGUGUAGUACCAUGUGAUAGAUGAAGUCUCUCCACAUAAAGCACCUUGAAACUAGGGCACUGAUCUGGCUUCUGUAUUACAACCAUUGAAGCCUUUCAGGAGGUUCCCAUCAAGAACUGUCUUUUUAGGAUCCACAGAGACUGUGCUCAGGAAAGCCUGGUUCCAGGGAAUCAGGUGCUUUCCUGGGGAUGAACUACUCUUUCUCCUGCUUUACGGAGGUUCAUGACACGAUUGAGGAGGGGAAGAGGGAAAAGCAUGAUAAAAUGUGAUACAAAUUGUGGGUAGAAACCUUAAGCCGGUCCCUUUUGCAAAUCUCUGAAGUGGCUUCACCUAAAAUGUAAUCUCUGACUUCCUGCUUCAGACAAAUAAACUGAAGUCGUGAGUCCACAGUGACUGACGAUCCAUUUUCUCAACACAUUAUGUACGUUGGGUUUGUCUGGGGCUCAGAACUUGUCCCUAUUUUUUCUUGCUUAGAAUAUUUGCAUAUGUGCAUUUGGGGGCUUUCAGGGGAGUGAUAUAUAAACCGCAUACAUUCAAUCGGAUAUAUAGACUUGUGCGAGUCCCUGAUGGCAGAGAGGGAUAACUUGGGGUUUUUUGUGUGUUUUUUUUCAGUGCGUAAUGUAGUCAAGGACAGCUUUGAGGAGUCCUGUGAACACCCAAUAGAGCUUUCACAGGAAUUGUGACUAUAGAACUGAACCUAGGAAACAUCAGAUGAUUUAUUUUAAACCCUGCUCAAGGCUUCUUGAGGAAAUACUGGUGUUUCAGGAUUUUUACCAAGCACUAAAGCCUUGAUAAGCAGGUGGUGGCAGUAAGCACCUUAUGAAGUAUUCUACAGUGAGCAGUACCCCUGUGGUAAGCUGUAGUGUCUUGGGUCAUUAUUGUAGAACUGACUUAUAAGAGCCCUUUCUAAAGGGCCUUUGGAAAUUAGAUGUACUCUCCUAUCCUAGAACAUCUCUGGUCAAAUGGAACUGCUGUAGGAAUUUUUGAGGGGAAGUUCUAUGGCCAGUGUCAUACAGGAGGUUAGACCAGAUGAUCAUAAUGGUCCCUUCUGGCCUUGGAAUCUAUGAAGCGAUCCCAAUUUGCCUCUGCUUCAGCUCCCUGCAAACAGUAGCUAGUAGUAAAGCGCCUUUCUUUCCCAUCUAGACUGUUCUCAAUCCAAACAGCCAGGCUCUGCUCCUAGGUAUGCUCUUGCAGCACCAUGGACUUCAGUGGGAUCUUCUUGGAGAAGAUGCUUGGCUGGUAUAAUCGGUCAUCGCUCAGGUGAAGACACCAGCUGAGGGUCUGCCCUUUUGUGUAUAUGUAAGAUCUGAACUUGCUGCCCUUAGCACACAGUUUGAUUUACAGCCUGCUGUUUAAAACACCAGAUAUUAGUCAUCCGAUGUUACAAUACCCGUGUCAGAUUUGUGUGUUAAUUUUUUUACAAGCAGUUGCUAAUAGCUAAAUGGAAGUAUGGCUGCUUUGCACCAGACCGGUUGAAGGUUCUAGUUUUAUGGCCAUAGUUAGUUACAGAUUGCACCUGCACAAUUUAUGCUAAUAAAACGUUAGCGCAUCCGCCAGUUGGCUUUGAUCAUUUUAUUUUUUUUUCUGGCAUAUACUAUCGUUUUUAAAUUUUUAUGUUUUUGAACUCUGCCCGUGCUUUACAGAAAAUAAACGCAAAUCAGUA